AGCCACUUGAUUCUCGCCAACUUCUCGCCACUCCAUAACGUCAAACUUCCAAUGCCGUCGCACUCACAAACACCUCCUUUUCAAGUCUUCGCUUCCGAAAUCAUCGAUGUCGAUGCCCUCGAUGAAGACGACGUUCUACGCCCAUCACGCAGGCCUCGCGGCUCGGAGCCAGCUGAGAUCAUAGAACUGCUCGACAGUGACGAUGAACGACCUCAAAUCAACAUUGUAUCGGGCAGUGUUGUUUCUGUCACUGCACGCGGUUUCCACACAGUAGUGGCAGAAAGCUCAAGAAGUGGUGCGCGCUUUGUCGUGAUUUCUCUCUUCCGACCGCGUCCUAACCAUCAACAAGGACAACCACGCGCUUCUUCAGUCCGUGGCACACGCCGGAGGCAGCGCGAAGCCUCUCCGCCGACAGCGCAAUACCCCGCACGCCGUGCAGAUUCAAUCGCCCCCUGGAAUAUCAUGGAACCCCCAGAUUAUCACCGCCAAGCGGAUGGCACCGCCCCGGGCAUCCUUCAACGCCUGGCCGGCUUCAACCCUCUGCGCUGGGCCGUGGAUUUUGGAUUCGGGCCACCGCCCGCGGCAGCGCAGCCGCUGCCGACGUUCGCGCGCGCACACGACGACACGCUCUUGCUAGAACGGCUUCUUCCUCGCGGCCUCUGGCCGGAUCACGGGAUCCAGCGCUUACCCAUCGUGCCGCGCGCGGAGGAAGUAAAGUACAAAACCGAGUGGACGCAUCCCGCGCGUCUCGAGGACGGGUUCGUCGGCGACUUUGCGCCGGUGGAAACCAUCGAUAUAGUUGACGAGGGUGAAGCGAACGAAACGAGUACGGCACUGGCAUGUGCGCGAUGCUCCGAUCCGCUUCUUCUGGGGUCAAAUGAUAACAGCCUUACCCCCGACGAGGUCCGCAGGCGACGCGUGUGGGGACUUCGAUGCGGGCAUGUAAUCGACGGCAAGUGCCUUGAAGAAUUGUAUAAGCCGCUGGAAGAAGAGGAAGCACCCGUUCCCCCCAGCAAACGCAAGGGAAAGGGCAAAGCACGGGCUCGGGAUCGCAUGGAGGAAGUCGAUCCGACGGAUGUAGAGGAUGACGCUUCCGGUCUCCUCCCUGCUCCUAUUUCCACACGACUGCGCUCUCGUGCGAUGCUCGGUGUCGCAGAGAGGUCCACUCAUACGAUAUCACGAGUACCAGCUUUCCGGCCCAAACCCAAAACGAAGUCCAAGGGAAGGCGUGCUCGGAAACCAGUUGUUGAAGCUCAGCACGACUGGGCUUGUCCCGUUCUUGGCUGUGCACGGGGACACCGCAGCGAUAAGAUCAAUGGGGAGUGGGUGAAUCCCCCGGAGAUGGGUGCGAUUGCUAUGUUCGUCUGA